AGUGCAAACAAACAGUUUUUUUAGGUUAGAAAAACAAAACUUUAUUUUUUCAAAUGAACCUCCUAAAAACUUUCGAUAAAACCCAGAUUAAAGUCGAAGAGGAGGAUUCAGAUGGUCACACAUCACACGACGAGAUGGCAUACGAUCAGGAAAAUGACUUGGGCGCUAUUGAGAACAUUGAUUUGAUAUCCGGAGCCCCCUUUUUUGAGUACCCACGCGAUGAGGCAGCCGCGGAGGACAACGAUGACAUCAUAAUCCUGCACAUGGACAUCCGGGAGCCGCUGAAUAAGCUCCGUGUGUUGCUAGAGGAACGCCUUGGGCAGAAUCUCAAAUACUUCCAUUUCUGGCUGCAGGAUGCACAAAUGCUGGAAGGGCACAAAAAUCUUGUGGAUCAGUGUGUCCAGGGGGAGGGAUUGGUGCAGAUUAACUGCCAGGUGUUGGCGUCAUCCAGCAAAAUUAACAUUAUUGACGUCCUCAAGCCAACAGAUGACAUUCUUGAAAACUCCAAAACAGCCCCCAAACCCCCGGAGAGUACGGAGAAUGAAGACUUGAGCGACACAGACGAACCAAUCCCACCGCAUCAGAAGAAAUUCGGUGAUCAAUGGGCGAUAGAUAAUCAAUUCAAGAGGGAUCAGGCACGACUGCAGAUCCCAGACAAUCCCCGGGACUGGACAACAGCGCAGGUCCGGCAUUGGCUGCAAUGGGCUGUCCGGCAGUUCAGCCUGACGCAGAUCGCUGUGCUCCAGAAGACACCCACCGAUGGCCCCAGGGAGGGUAUUCUGCCCACAGAGACGGUGCGCGGGGUGAAAACAUCCCCGCCAAAGGGGCAGAAGAAUGUCAGCAGCAGCCUCAAUCUCGACAACAUCCGCAUGGAGCCAAUCUUCUGUGGCAAUCGCAGCGGGAACAAUGGGCAGAUUCAGCUGUGGCAGUUCCUCCUGGAGAUUCUCACGGACAUUGAGCACCGGCGGAUUAUUCAGUGGGUCGGUGGGAAUGGGGAAUUCAAGCUGGCUGAUCCCGAGAGGGUUGCCCAGCUGUGGGGAGAGCGCAAGAACAAGCCAACGAUGAACUAUGAGAAGCUCUCACGGGCGCUGAGGUACUACUACGACGGCGACAUGAUCUCCAAAGUUCACGGAAGGAGAUUUGUCUACAAAUUCGUUUGCGAUCUCAAGCAAUUAAUUGGCUACGAUGCUAAAGAUCUCGCCCGCUUGGUGAUGGAAUGUGACAUUGAGAGCACAUCCAGGGAUAAAUCUUCCGAUUGGGAUCUCUCAGCAACGCUCUGAUAGCUCUAAUGAGGAAUCUGAGGGCAGGAUCGUGAGUAAAAAGUGCCGGAAUUUAUGAGAAAAAUAAUUAUAUUUAUAAAGAAAAGAAAGAAAGUUGACUGAAAAAUUCAC